UGAGAGCAUCACCUUUUUCCCCUGCACAUUGUGGCUGCAAAAAAACACAUCUCACUUGGCAAACAAUUUACGCGUUUGGGUUUUACGCGAGAAUUGGGUGGAUUGAUUGAUUAUCAGCUCGCAUCUGCCUUGUGGCGAAUGCGUGUACACAUUGUGAUAUUUAGUGUUUAGAAAAAAUCAAGUGUAUAGUAAAUUUUCGGAACAGUGCAGCUGAGAGCUGAGAGAGGUGUACAUGCAAGUGUGGCAUAUAUGACGACGGGUCAAAGAAAUUCAAGCUGGUAAGCGCUGCGACGGCAAUUGGGGCCCCCCCUCUUCAUCGGUUGGACAUUGACUCCUGAUGCGUGUAUCCGUCUCGUCCGUGUGAUCGUUUUCUGUUCAUAAUUUCCUUCAAUCGGUAGAAGACUUUCUUCCUUUUUUCGGCUUUGUGUUGUGCGCGAAAGCUCUCCGCGAGUGUGUCAGUGUUUUUGCGCUGGUUGUCCGAACACAAAAGCCAGUGCUUACAUAAAACGAAAACCCCGUAUAUCUCGCCAGCAAGUGCACGAAAAUAAGAUUCGCUGGUUCCGUCGUAGCGGAACAAGCAGACGGAAAAAGGAACCUGCGGCCACCCUGUUUCAACUUUCUCCUCCGUCCUCCGACCAGCCCGCAGGAGGAUUUCAACGGAGGCCUCACCUAAAUAGGAAGAAAACUUCCGAAGAGGCAGACUAAUACGUUUGCUAAGACACGUGAGCGAAAGAGACGGAAAGAGACUGUUCGAGAAGCAGCAGCAGAGUAGCGCCGAACCGGAAAAGAAACACAGCACCACACAUAUCUAAGCAACAGUUCGAAUAGAAGGCCUGUUUUUCGACAAAACAAAGAUCCUGCUGGAUAAUCCCUAGGUUGCCAGUACCGUAGGCCAACCCCGUCCAGAAAAUGUCCACUCCAGCUCGCAGACGUUUGAUGAGAGAUUUCAAAAGGCUUCAGGAAGAUCCACCAACCGGUGUGUCCGGUGCACCGACCGAUAAUAAUAUUAUGAUCUGGAAUGCUGUGAUUUUCGGACCACACGACACACCUUUCGAGGAUGGUACGUUUAAGCUAACGAUAGAAUUCACCGAGGAGUACCCCAACAAACCGCCAACCGUGAGGUUCGUGUCGAAGAUGUUUCAUCCGAAUGUAUACGCCGACGGAGGAAUUUGUCUGGAUAUAUUGCAGAAUAGAUGGAGCCCCACAUACGACGUGUCGGCCAUUUUAACAUCAAUUCAGUCGUUAUUGAGCGAUCCCAAUCCAAACUCGCCGGCCAAUUCGAUGGCAGCGCAGCUCUACAAAGAAAACCGCCGGGAAUACGAGAAACGAGUGAAAGCCUGCGUUGAGCAGAGUUUUAUCGACUAGCCCCGUUCCCGUUGCUGUCUUUGUCCUAACCGUCUUCGCUCUCGUUGUCGUAACCAUCAGCAACGCCGUCAUCGUGCCGCCUAUCGCUUUGAACCGGUGUACCGAGAUCAUCGCUGUACGUUGUUCGAUGUCACCGUGUAUGGUACAGUGGCCACAUCACUGGAUUUCCUUAUACUACACAAUAUCCAGCAUUACGGGCAGAUGAUACAUCGGUAACUUUUUUUUUCGGCAAUUCCAUGCUGCUUAUCACAUGGCACCCUCAGCAGUAGCAGCGCGUUCCUAUCGAUCGAUGCUUUCAAGUGAGUGCAGUCAUCAGCGCAGUUUCGAACGACCAGGCAAAGGCGGAACGUAAGAUCGAUCGUAGGGACAUUUGCGAGAUUCCAAAACGUGUACAGUUCAUAAGGGCAAUGUGUGAGUAAUGAUUAUUCAGCAUAUACUUACGUCCGUUUAUCUUUAGGUCCUGUUGGGAUUGAUUUAUUAAGCAACAUUUUUCACAUUUGAAGUGAAGUAAAAUUUGAAACCAUACAGUUUAUCAAAUUAGCAAACCUGCUUAAAUCGUGAAUCAGAACAUGUACGUACCGAACGGGGAAGAAAAAAGAAAAUAGAAUACUAUCUGUUAAAUCAAUCUCGGUCGAUGUUAGUACACAGCUGCUUGCCCGUUUCCUUUACUUUAGUCUUUCUGUUUCUACUGUUCAUGCCAGCUGUAAUUAAGCUAUGUUCAUGGAAGCGAUAAAUGAUGAAAUUGUGCAUCUUUUCCUUCUGUUAUCGCGGUAGGAACCGAUCCGAUGCGUAAUCCUGUUUGUGCGUAACAUGUGUUAGCAUACUUCUUAAACCACACAACAACCGUACAACUGAAGCAAAUGUAAGUGAAAAAGUGUAUGCCUAUAUGUGAAUCGAGGAUAAAACAUAGAAGAAUUCAUUAAAACUAAGUUUAUGUGAAAAGAAAUCGUUCUAUAACAAAUCUUGCAUAUGGAAUAAAUGGCGUUUAGGUGAAGCGUGUGUUUACAAGCAAGUAUCGUAACCAUAGUCUUCUACAAAAUUAACUACACUGUACACGUUUGUAACAUCUGCAAAAAUAUGUUGCAAAUGACGAUGACGGUAAAGGUCAUCAACAUUGUGCAUAAUUUUACUCCCAUCAGAUUCUUCCUAAUUGUCUCAUUUUGUCGGUCUGCCUUAUCCCUUUCCUGAUUGAUUGAUGCCUAUAGUUCAGUCUAAAAUCAUAGUGACUUGAAUAAUCAACCGUGUGCGUAUAAAAGGCAUGACUCAGUCGAAAUUUUACCACAGACCACACGUGUGGAUGAGUCUAUAUAGGGUUGAAAUCCCAUCUGCAAUACUUCUUUUGUUUUGCUGGUUAAAUUUCUCUCUAAUACACAAUGAUGAAUCACCGGCCCGAUAAGGCCAGCAAAGUUGCAAAAACAAACAAACAAAAACUACUGCACACAGAUUAUACUUACUGGGAAGUAACAACCGCUUCGACGAUAAGUAGAUACGGCGUAGCGGAGGAGCAGUAAAGGUUCGCGCAAAAUGUGUUGCUGAGAAGGAUAUGUUAUGGUGAAAUAUUAUAAUAAUAUGUAAGCAUAUUAUAAACACUGUCGCGAAAACACUCGACCGAACAAACCAGGGAAAGAUAGCAAUGAAAGCUCCGAGCGGGUUCAUAUAAAAAUUUAAUUAUUACAUUAAACAAACAUGCAAAACAAAGGAACGCUACUCCAAAACUAUUGGAACUCAUACAUGAACUCGACCUGAUAAUGUGUAAUAAUAAUAAUAAUAAUUAAUCAAACGAAAUUUAAGCAAAAAUACUGAGCUAGGGAAGAAGGGAAAUAUGAAGCAACGUGUAAUGCGCAUACAAUUAGCUGGUGAAUGAAAUAUGCGUACAAGAGCACAGUAAGGGAAAGUGAAGCAACAUAUAAAUCUUAAUAGCAAUUGUAUGUGAAAGCAGCCGCUGGAUACCAGAAGCCAGGAAAUUAUAACGAAACUAAACAAAGAAGAAUAAAGCGUAUAAAACCUUAGAA